CAACUCGUCCUCGACCUCGAGUCCCUGACAACUCAGAAUCCUAAAAUAACACUCUUUGUAAAACGAAACUCUCACAAGCUCUUCACCGAAAAAUCAAAUAUCUUUAUUUUUUAUGCAAUAUACAGUUUUGAGCCAUUGAAGGCCUCAAACAGGGAAGUUAAACAAUGGGUUCGUCUUCAAACGCAGCUACCCCACAAAUGCAGGAAAUUAUGCUGGAGUUUCGUGCUGGUAAAAUGGUUUUUGAGGGGAAAAAGGUUGCUCCUGAUACCCGUAAAGGACUUGUUCGCAUUGCGAAGGGUGAUGAGGGGUUGGUGCAUUUUCAGUGGCUUGAUCGGAGCCAAAAUGUUGUUGAAGAUGAUCAGAUCAUCUUUCCCGAUGAGGCAGUUUUUGAAAAGGUUAAUCAAGCAUCAGGAAGGGUUUACUUAUUGAAGUUCAACACUGAUGAUAGGAAGUUCUUCUUCUGGAUGCAGGAGCCUAAAGCUGAAAAUGACUCACACUUGUGUAGCUCAGUCAAUUACCACCUCAAUCGACCAUUAGAGUUCCUUGAUGAAGAAGGGCCUGAUGCUUCUGUUCCUCUACAAGUUUCUGAAGAUAUGGUUGAAGAUGAUAUUUCAUCAAGAGCUGGAAUAUUGGUGGAACCAAACUUCGGUGCAGAAGUAAGUAGCGAUGUGACUUCUUCAUCUGGCCCAGUGAAAUUGGAAGAUCUUCAAAGAAUCUUAAGCAAUAUUGACCCAGCAGAUACUGCUUUGGAUCCAGAUGAAGGCUUGAGUUUGGGGGACAUAUUGAAACCUGAUUUGAUUAUGCCAUUGAUUGAGACAUUGCAACUAGAGCAGCGUUUAGAGUCUUACUUACCUGAGGGUCAAUGGUCUCCAGAGGAUAUAUUGGAGUUGCUGCAGAGUCCACCAUUCCGCCAACAAAUGGAUUCAUUUGCUUAUUUUGGUGUUGACCCAAGUAAAUACAAAUUCACUGUAUUGUCUUUUCUUGAGGCACUUGAGGAUUCGGUUUCGAAGGCUUCAGAGUCUGAUGAGUCGAGGCAAGACAACAAGGAUUUAAGAUCUGAAUCUUGUAAUCGUAAUGAUCCCAUGGAUGAGUCCAAGUAGUGGAGACACUUGUUUUUAUGCGUUUCUAUUCAUUUAUCCUCCUUUCGUUUAUAGGACUUUUAUCCAGUCUUCUUGUAACACUGUAUACAUCGUUGGUUCAAGAAAAGGAAAAGAUGCAACAAGAAAUGGGAAAGUGUUGAAGAUUUAUUUAGGGUUCCUACUAUUUCGUACACAGAUCAAUAAAUAUCUUAAAGGUUUCGUAUUUUUUCCUUGUACAUGUUGAAUCGGUCAUAAUACUUUAACGUCAAAGUUAACAACGUAACAUGUCAAACUAUUGGAGUUGGCAUUGGAGGUUAAUGUGCCAACGUAGAAUUGUU